UGUAUCCAGUGCGGAGGCUGGAUAGUGCCAGGGUGAAUAUUUUUUAAGUAGGGGGUGUAAUACUUUUUUGACAAAUUAUCCAGCUUCCGUAAUCCAGUCUCUAUAAUGGAGGAGGAGAUCAAUGAAUGCAUCCCUAUGGCCGGUUUCUAAUACUAGACUCGGGCUCCGUUUCAGGCUUCAACUGUUUUUUUUUUUUACUUCCUGACUUUGAGGUUAUAAGCGCAAUAGUAAGUCUGAUUGCGUCACAAAACAUCAGCACAUACAAAAUCUCUGAGUAUUGAGCAUGUCAGCAUCAUUCCUAGCAGCCACCAGGGCGGUAGUGAAUCGACUGCUGAUACCAACCACUGCUGUAGGUCCUUGUGGGUUAGAUGCUGGCAUAAGAACAAUUCAGAGAGCCUUCAAGUGUUUAAAAACUGCCCAAUUUCCUUCAGCAUCGUUGCCACACAGAACGCUGACUACGGGGCCCUGCAAUGCCGCUGCCUCCCACUGGUGGCUGGCGCCCUGUAACCCAGCACUCCGACAACGGCAGCUGCUGCUACAGCACCACCGAACCCCGUCGCUGGUCCCCUGCUGCUUCAAGGCACGCGGCAUGGAGUACCAGCCCAGCAACGUCAAGCGCAAGCGCAAGCACGGCUUCCACAAGAGGAUGCGCAGCAACUCUGGCAUCCGAGUGAUCUGGCGGCGCUUACUGAAAGGGAGACGCUUGCUGACGCACUGAGAAUGCAAUCUAGCCUUUACGUCAAAUAACAGCGCCUUCUGGAGUGAAUUGUACACAACUGCUCAUUCAAACCAAUGCUGGUACAUGUAUAUUCAAAUUUGGCAAUGUGUCUACUGUUAUGGACAUCAGCUGCAGCAUUUGUAUGGCACCAAAUUAUUCACAAUGGCAAAAGUAAAUGUAAUAUCAGAUUUUUUUCUAUUUCCUGAUCACUGUGAUAAGUUGUAGUAAAUUGCAAAGAAAACACAAAUAUUGCUGAUAUUAAUGGCCCCACUUGUCCAGCUAAGCUACAGGCAGUACUCAGGAAUUUUUGGACCGUUUACUAUUGUUCAUCUGACUGAGUUGUGACGGUCAUCAAGCACUCCACCGUUUGAUGUUUAUGUGAUAAACACGUGAUUCAUACUGAACCAAAUGGCCUUGGUAGUCUUUAUUCAAGACGCUAUAUGUACGACCUGGUAUUUGCUACCCUUGCAGAUACAUGUACAUGGUGUAUAUCCAGGGUGUAGCAUUUCGAAAUCUUUGGUCAACAGAGGGUGCAAUUUACAGGAAGAUUGCCCAACAGACGUAUAAACUCAUAGACGGACAGCUCCUAUUCAAAACAACAGCGGGGUACCGUAGCGGAGAUGGCACCCGACUAAAUCAAAAAGUGUUGGGCAAAUCCACCCCUUGGUAUAGGGAAUUUACACAGUUGAAGAAGUCCAGCCAUAAAAUUCUAUGAAGCCAUUUUUUGAUUGUGAAAAAAAUC